AUGCCCACACGCCACGGCUCAGUGUUGUACAAAGACAGUGAGCCAAAGGUUGAUGCAGGAUCCAUUAUCGUCCUGCGGAAAGCUGGAGCAUUGAUUUUGGGCAAAACCACGACGACGGAGUUUGCGGCGACAGUUGAAGGACCGAAGACGCUCAAUCCCCAUGCAAUCUCCCAAGGCGUAGUCAGAACACCGGGCGGCUCAUCAUCAGGUUCCGGUGCCGCCGUGGCUGACUUCCAGGCCCCGAUCGGCCUCGGCACACAAACCGGCGGUAGCACCAUCCGCCCGGCCUCCUUCAACGGCAUUUACGGAAUGAAACCAACAUGGAACUCAAUCUCACGUGAAGGGCAGAAGAUUUACUCUCUUAUCCUCGACACGUUGGGCUUCUUUGCACGCAGCGUCGAAGACUUGCAGCUGCUUGCCGAUGUUUUCCAGCUGGAAGAUGACGAGGCGCCCAAGGAGAACUUUGAGGUUAAAGGUGCCAAAAUUGCGCUGCUGAAGACCAUGGUUUGGCCGUCCGUUGGGCCUGGAACCGAGGCAGCGAUGACCAAGGCUGUUGAGCUCCUCAAAUCACACGGAGCUGAGGUCGAGGAGAUCGAGUUCGACCCUACACUACAGGAUCUCCCGCUAUGGCACACGAAGGUGCUGCACAGCGAGGGAAGAGUCAACUUUUUGCCCGAAUACCGACAGGGCAAGGAACAGAUGAACGAAUUCUUAACCGGUCAUGUGGAAAACGCGAUGCAUUUCUCCCGAGCUGCACAGCUGGAGGCAUUCGAUAACAUCGGUUUCGCCAGGCCGAUGGUUGAUAAGAUGUUGAGCAAGUAUGAUGCUGCUCUAGUGCCGAGCGUGGUGGACGAGGCGCCCGAAGGACUAGGAAGCACUGGAAGUGCUGCUCUCAACCUGAUAUGGACGGCUCUUCAUGUGCCAGUCGUCAACCUCGUUGGAUUCGGCGGAUCGCAUGGAAUGCCUGUUGGUGUCUCCCUUGUCGCGCCCCGGUAUCACGACCGUCAUCUCUUGAGUGUGGCAAAGGCAGUUGGCAAGGUAUUUGAGGCAGAGGGCGGAUGGAAGUCUCAGCUGUAA